AUGUUAACCACAUUUCGUCCCUGGGUGUUUCCUUCUUUUCGAUUUCAUCUUUAUUUUUUCUUUCUUUCUUUUCGUUUAUAUUUGAAUUUUAAUCUUAAUUUUCUUUUUUUUUCUUCUUUCCAUUAUUUCUUUCUUUCUUUCUUUCUUUCUUUCUAUCUUUUUCCGUUUAUAUUUGAAUGCCACACCCAUUCUUUCUUUUUUCCGUUCUUUCUUUCUUUCUUUCUUUCUUUUGUAUCUUUCUUUCUUUCUUUCUUUCUUUCUUUCUUUCUUUGUCUAUAUUUGAAUAUUAACAAUCCCUGUCCGUUUCUCUCUCUUGAAUUUCGUCUUGUAUCUUUAAUAUUUUUCCUUUGUUUUCUAUUUCAUUACUUUUCCUCUUUUUUGUUUUGUUUCCUUCUUUUUUUCUUCUUUUCAUUCAUUUUUUUCUCUCCCUCUUUUCUUGCUUUCUCUUGUUUUCAAUUCAUUGUCUUUUUCUUCAAAAAUUUUUCUUACCCUAUUUCUUUCUUCAUUAUUUUUUUGUUUCGGUUAUUUUUUUCACUUUUAUUUCCUUUUCUUGUUUUCUAUCCUUUUUCUCCUUCUUUCUUUCUUUUUUUCGUUCAUUCCCUUCAGUUUCUCUUUCCCUUUUUUCUUCGUUUCUUUAGUCUUCUAUUAUUUUUUUCUAUUGAUUCCUUUCUUUUUUUAUUUUUGUUUUUCUUCAUUUUUUUUUUCAUUCUUUUUUCUUUAUGUUUUGUUUUCCGUUCUAUUACAUUUUUUUCCUUCUUCUUCAUUCAUUUUCUUUUUUUUUUUUCUUUUCUUCUUGUCUUUUUGUUUCGUUCAUUUUCAUUUAGUUUUUGUUUCCGCUCCAUUUGUUUUUCUUGCUAUCGUUUGUUUUCUUUUCUUUUUUUUCUUUUACUUCAUUUAUUUUCUUUCUCUUUUUUUCUUAUUUCGUUUUUCGUUUUCCCUCUUUUUUUUUCGUUUCGUUUCUCCAUUUACAUCUGCCAUGUUAUUCUUAUCAUGUUUCUUUUCGUUAUUUUAACGUUCCUUUCUUCUUUCUUCCAUUUGUCUUCUAUUCUAAGAUCAUUUUGUAAUUUGUUUUAUUUCUAUCUCUCAUUACAUUCCUUUCUCCCUGGCUACUUUCUGCAUCUUCCUUGCUUAUUAUCGUUCCUUCUUACUUUUCUUCUUUCAUCCAUUCUUCUUUACCUAAUUUUAAUUCUGUCAUUUUUAUUCUUCCUUUUCUCCGUAUCGUCUUUUUCUUUCUUUCUUGUCAUUCUCAUUUUUCUUUUUACUUUUUCUAUCUAUCUCAACUUUCCGACAUUCAUUUCUUUUCUUCCUUCUCGGGUUCUCGUUCCCUCAUUCUGCCUAUUGUCUUUUUCUUUCUUUCUUUCUUUCUUUCUUUCUUGUUAUUUUUGCUCCAUCUCUUUUCUUUUUUUCCUUGUCUUUUUUAUUUUCUUUCUUUCUUUCUUUCUUGUUAUUUUUGCUCCAUCUCUUUUCUUUUUUUCCUUGUCUUUUUUAUUUUCUUUCUUUCUUUCUUUUUUUCUUUCUUUCUUUCUUUGCCCUUUCUUGUUAUUUUUGCUCCAUCUCUUUUCUUUCUUUUCUUUUUCUUUCUUUCUUUCUUUCUUUCUUUCUUUCUUUCUUUUCUCCUCUUUUCAUAUCGGAUUGUCAGUCCCUGAAUCUGCCUAUUCUCUCCUCUGUCCUUCUUGUUUUUACGUUUUCUCUUUUUCUUUCCUUUUUUUCUUUCUUUCUUUCUUUGUUUUUCCUUUCUUUCUUUGUUUUUUCUUUCUUUCUUUCUUUCUUUCUUUUAAACUGCUGUUUUAUUUCUUAUUUUCUUUCUUCUUCAUUUUCUCUCGUACACCUUCAUUUUAUCUAUCUUCUUUUGCCUUUCUCUUCUUUCUUUCUUUCUUUCUUUCUUUCUUAGUUGCAUUCUUUUUUCUUUCUUUCGGUUUUCUUUCUUUCUUUCUUUCUUUCUUACUUUCCUUUUUCUUUCUUUCUGUUUUUCUUUCUUUCUGUCUGUCUGUCUUCUUUUCUUUCUUCCUUGUUUCUUUCUUUCUUUCUUUCUGUCAGUCAUUCGUUCUUUCACAGUUUCUUUCUUUCUCUCCAUUAUUCAUGUAUUCCUUAAUUCAAUUGUCUUCUUUCUUUCUGUCUUCGUUUCGUAGUUUCUUUCUUUCUAUAAUUUUCUUUGUUUUCUUACUUUGCUUUCUUACUUUCUUUCCUAGUUUCUUUCAUAGUUUCUUUCGUUCUAUCUUUCUCUCUUUCUCUCUUUCUCUCUCUUUCUUUCUUUCCAUUAUUCAUGUCUUCCUUACUUCCUUUGUGUCUAGCUUAUUCCACUCCGUCCUUCAUGCUUUCCUUUAUAUUUUUCUCUAUUCUUUUUCAUCCUUGUUUCAUCAUUAUUACAUUCGAUCAGUUUUUCCUUCCCAUCAUUCGUGUUUUCUUUUUUCAUACAUUCCUUUCGUCUGUGCCUGCUAA